AUGCCAGGCGAGCUCUCGUACUUGCCCGUAGAGACUGCAACCGGCUUUGAGUCAUUAUCGAGCAACCUACCACCCGCACCUGUCACAAGCUCUUUCCAGGAAGAGAGCUUUAACCUUAUGGGCUUGCCUAUGGAACUACGGUUCAAGAUAUAUCAUCUAUCAUUCUUCUCUCCACAAAUCCUACUCAUCCAUCAACGCAAUCUAUCCUUGAAUGAACCACGUGGAUUGAGAUUACCACUUGGACUCCAAAUCAACCGCGAAAUCCGCAACGAGGCGAUAAAACAUUUCACACGCUGGGAACUGUCAACUGAUGCUAGGAUCAAGAUCAAAAACUGUCCCUACAUAUACAUCAAUACCACGACGGACUAUCUAGAAAUCCAACGGCUCUCCCAAUGGGCUUUCACGAAUUACGCGAUCGACGUUGUGCGCGCUUUGGAGCCUUGCAUACAACUAUCGAAGCUCUCGAUCAUUAUUCAAGAUAACUCUACGUGUGACCUGGAAACUUUGCUGCUUGUUCUACAACACCGGAAAGGAUUUCGUGAUGUGAAAAGAAUUCUGCAUGAGUUGCAGGUUGCGGAGGUUAUAUUGCUUGUUCGUAAUACUAAGAAUAAGGAUAUUGUUGAUGUGGAGAGGCAGUUGAAGGCUACGCUGGAUCAGAGGCAAAAAGAUGCUUUGUUUCAUACUUUGCAAGAGGAAAGUGAGAAUCUUCCUGAGCCUGUGGAUGAUUGCUUUAGUGGGCCUGUUAGGAUUGGGAAUAGAGUGGGAGUUCGUUUGAAGAGAGCUGUCUAG